AUGAGUUAAACAGAAGAAAAUGAUAAAAUUUCUGAAGAAUCAGAAUAAAAAGAUGGUUCUGAAGAUGAAGAUGCCGAAGAGAGAGAAAAUAAGGAGAAAGAGUAGCAUUUUGGAAGAGAUGAUCCUGAACCAGCAAUGGUAAAUAAAUAACCAGCAGUAUAAGUGAAAAGAUAGGUUUUGAAGAGAAAGAGUACAAUGAAGGCAGAUGACAUGUUUGGCAUGAAUUUCUUCAAAUUCUAAUAUUAUGUAAAUUAAGAAGAAUUGGGAAUUCGUAAGAAAGGAAACAAUUCCGUAUCAGGCGAUAAACUUGAUGAAUUUAAUUUCUAUAUGCAUGAAAAGAAAUAUAGUUUUGGCAAGAAUUCAAUGUUUAUUUUAAAAGAGUCAAAUAUAAUCAGAAAGUAUUGUGUAUGGAUUGUAACUUGGCACUGGUUUGAUAAAGCUAUUACAUUAAUUAUAGUUCUAAAUACAAUUUCAUUAGCUAUGCAAAAUUAUGAUUUUAGAAUUGAUGAAACAUCUAAUCAAUCAGAAUUGACAUAUGUUAGAAAUUAAAUGGAAUAUUUUUUUACAGCUGUAUUUUUAUUAGAAUUCAUUCUCAAAAUUUUAGCGAUGGGAUUUCUUUUUGAAAAAUAUACUUAUUUAAGAGAUGGUUGGAAUGUUUUAGAUUUUGCAGUUGUUGGAACAAGUAUUCUAUCUUUGGUAGGAAGUUUUAAUCUAAGUGCAAUCAGAACUAUUAGAAUUUUGAGACCUUUAAGAUCAAUUAAAUCAGUUCCUGGUCUUAGAAUUUUAGUUGCUUCUUUAUUAGAUUCCUUACCUAAUUUAGGUAAUGUUUUAGUUUUCUUACUUUACUUAUUGGUUAUCUUUGGAAUUCUAGGAUUACAAUUAUUUUCAGGUGCUUAUGAGAAUAGAUGUAGAUUUACUUAAUAUCCAGUAAAUGGCAAUUGGCCAGCAGAUCCAAAUAUUACUCAUCUUUGUAGUUCAGAUUCUGAUUGUCCUGAAAAUGAGUAUUGUGGUAAUCCUAUUAAUUUUAAACUUCCAUAUUAAGAUACACCUAUUCCUGAAUUAAAUUACUCAUAUACUACUUUUGAUAAUAUAUUAACUGCCACUUUUACUAUUUUCUAAGCUCUAACUACUGAAGGAUGGUCUACUAUUGUUACUUAAUUAAUUGAUGCAGUUAAUCCUAUCUUAGUUUAUAUCUAUUUUAACCUUCUAAUUAUUAUUGGAUCUUUUUUUACUAUCAACCUUAUUCUAGCAGUUAUUAAUGAUUCAUUUUUAAAAAAUUAAUCUGAAAGAAGAUAAGAAUUAUUAAAAGAUGAAUAACAUAGAAAACAAUAAAGAAAAGAAAAAAAAUAAAAAGAAAGAUAAAAUGCAUAAAUACAUCCUACUUAAAAUAUUGCUGAUUUAGUACCUUCAGAUGAUUCUGAUUCUGAUGAAGAAGCAUAAAAGAAAAAAGAAGAAAUUAUCAAACAAGUCUUAAAGCCUACUAAAUUUUAAGGAAGAGCAGAACAAUUGAAGAUAUUAUAAGAUUAAUUUAAUAGAAAAGUUAAAAAAGAGAAAUAAUAAAUGAAUUUUUUUGAUCCCUCUCUAUACACUUUAGAUGUUAAUGAUGAUAAAGGAACUAACUUUGAUACUAAAUUUAAAUAAUUCUUUUUAAGAUUUAUAGAAUCCAUUACCUUCACUAUUAUUGUUAAUGUGAUUAUUGCUGCUAAUACUGUUGUUUUAGCUAUGGAUAGAUAUCCUUAACCUGAUUCAGAAAUUCUUAUUCUAUCAUAUCUCAAUUUAGGUUUUACUAUUUUCUUUGUUUUAGAAAUGAUCUUGAAAUUCUUCGCCUUAGGAAUAGUUGAAUAUUUUAAAGAUUACAUGAAUAUAUUUGAUGCUACCAUUGUGGCAAUCUCUUUAGUAGAAUAAGUAUUAGAUUUUGCUGAAAUUUCUGUAUCUGGAGGAUCAAUAACUGCAGUUUCAGCUUUCCGAACUUUAAGAGUGUUUAGAAUAUUUAAAUUAGCUAGGUCUUGGAACUCUUUAAGAGAAAUUCUUAUUGCUAUUGCAACAACCUUAGAAGCUAUAAGUUUCUUUACCAUGUUAUUACUUCUAUUCAUGGUUAUAGCAUCAUUGGUUGGUAUGGAAUUAUUUGCUUAUAAUAUACCUAAUGUUAGAUUAAAUUUCAAUACAUUCUUUGAUGCCAUGAUUACAAUCUUUGCUUUAUUAACAUCAGAAUCGUGGAACAUUUAAACUUAUUUAUAUAUGUAUUAGUCUAAAUAAUGGUGGCCAUUAAUAUUUUUUAUCUCUGUAGUAAUUAUGGGAAAUCUAAUUCUUCUUAAAUUAUUCAUUGCUAUCUUAAUUUAUAACUUUGGAUAAAAAGCUAUUGAAACUGAAAAAAAAUUAUAAGACAAAAUGAGAAAACUUAACUUUUAAUAACUAGUAGAAUAGUUUAGAUCAUCAAUCAAAGUAUUUGAUCCUGAUGAAAAAAUUAAACAUAAAUCUCCUAAACCUGAAGAAGUACAUCCUGAACAGUAAAAAAAAAUUAAAAUUAACCAAAACUACAUUGGACAACAUUAAAAUUCUGAUGUUGCUUGUUUUUUUUUAGCAAAAUAUGAUCAAGCCAGAUUUGAAGUGAGAAAAGAAACUAAAUAAAAGAAAUUAAUUAAAAGAUUUUUUGAUACUGCUGAAAUAGUUGAUCCAGAAGAAAUUAGUGAUGAUUCCUCAGGCGAUGAAGAAUAUAUUAAAUAAAUGGAAUAAAAGAUGUAAUUUUAAAGUUAAGGACCUUUAACUUUUUAAGAUGGUUAUCAACCAUAGAUUUCACUUCAUUAAUCCUAAUCACAAUCUGAAAAGAAAAGUAGUGUUUUCAGUAAGCCUGAAACAUCUUCAGGUUAAGAUCAAUUAGAAGGAGUUCUAAUUGUUGGUACUUCUCUAUUUAUUUUUGAAUAAUCAUCGAAAAUUAGAAGAUUUGCUUUCAGAUUUAUCAAUAAAUCAUAAGUUGUUGGAUUUAUUAUCCUAAUGAUUUUGGUUUCAUCUGUGCUUCUGGCUUUGGAUGAUCCAUUAGAAGAUAAUAAUUCGGUUGUAUUAAUAGAAAUAGAUUUGGUAGUUACUGUUAUAUUUACAAUGGAAUCUCUAUUGAAAAUAUUAGCUUAUGGUUUCCUAUUUAAUGGAGAAUAUAGCUACAUGAGAGAUUAUGCAAAUGUAUUGGAUUUCAUAGUUAUAAUAUUUAGUUGGAUAAGUAUAUUUUCUGAAGCUAAUUUGCAAAUAUUUAAAAUCCUUAGAAUUUUUAGAGUUUUACGUCCCCUUAGAUUAGUUUCAAGAAGUGACAGUUUAAAAAUAGCAAUUAAUGCCUUGAUUUUAAGUUUGUCAAAGAUCUUCAAUCUAAUCUUAGUGAGUUUGGUAUUUUAUGGGAUGUUUGGAAUAUUUGGAACCAAUUUUUUUAAAGGAGCGUAUUACUCUUGUGAUAUUCCAAAAACAAGUAAUUAUACAAUAAUCACAAAAUUUGAUUGUUUUGAUUAUGGAGGAAAUUGGGUUAAUGCAGAUUAUAACUUUGAUAAUGCUCUAAAUUCAAUAAGUGCUUUAUUUGUAAUUUCUACAACAGAAGGGUGGUUAGAAUAAAUGUAUUAAGGAAUUGAUAGUGUUGGAAUUGAUAUAUAACCAAUUUACAAUUACAAUAUGUAUUGGUCUUUAUUUUUUAUUGGAUUUGUAAUUAUAGGAUCCUUCUUUGUAAUGAAUUUAUUUGCUGGUGUUGUUUUGGAUGCCUUUAAUUCAGAAACUGAUAAGUUAAGAGGAUAUUUUUAUAUGACCCUUGAAUAAUAAGAAUGGGUAGAUAUUAAAGAAAGAAUUUAUUAUGCUAAACCAUAAAUAAAUCAAAGAAUCAGUGACUAGUGGUUAAGAGCCAAAAUGUUCUUAAUUAUAAAUCAUAAAUAUUUUGAUUCUAUGAUUUUCAUUCUAAUUACAAUUAAUACUAUAUUGUUUAUGUUACAAUUUGUGAGAUAACCUGAGUUAUUAGAUACUAUUAUAUCUUAUUCUAAUUUAUGCUUUUUAUGUAUAUUUACAACAGAAAUGUUAAUAAAAUUGACAGCAUUGGGAUGGUAAUAUUUUGCAGAACCUUUUAAUAGAUUUGAUUUUAUAGUAGUUAUCUUAAGUAUUGCAGGAUCUGUUCUAGAACAAAUGGCAAUUUUAACAGCUUUUGGUACAGUAAUUAGUGUAUUUCGAUCAUUUAGAAUAGUUAGAAUUAUGAGAUUAAUUAGAUCAGCAAGAAGUUUGAAAGCAAUUUUUGAAACUUUUUUUCUAACAGUAAGUUAAUUAGCAAAUAUUGGUGGAUUAUUAUCUAUAAUUUUGUUUAUGUUUGCUGUUUUAGGAAUUAAUUUAUUUCCUUAUGUAAAAUGGUCAAGUAGCGGUUUAACAAAGGCUCUUAAUUUUUCUUCUUUAGGUAAAGCAUUUUUCACUUUAUUUAAAUGCAGUACUGGAGAAUAAUGGGAUUAAGUUUAGGCUGAUUUGGUGAGAUCAAUGUAACCAAAUAAUGUUUGUUUUUCAGAAAUUUUACUUACUGAUUAUGAAGAAUAUGGAUUUAAUGGUUGUGGAUUUUGGUAUGGAGUAGCAUAUAUGGUGAGUUUUUAAAUGAUAUUUGCAAUGAUUAUGCUUAAUUUAUUUGUUGCAAUCAUUGUUUAAGGAUAUGAAAUUAUAUAAAAGGAUGAAGCAUCAUCUAUAUCCACAAAUCAUAUAUAGGCAUUUAUUGAUAUUUGGAAAUUAUAUGAUUAAUCUGGUUCUGGAUUGAUAAGAGCAUUAGAUUUGGAUCGUUUUAUGAUAAAACUAGCUAAACCAUUAGGAGUAUUUAUUUUAUAAUUAAUAAAUAUAGUGGAGAGGAUUAUUAUUGACUUAAAUGGAGAAGAGAAAGUUUAUAAAUUAAUUUCGAUUACCAGUCUAUAUCUAAAAUUAAACUGCUAUGUAUUUUUUUUAUGAUGUUUUGGAAGUACUUUCUCAUAACAUUCUCACUAGAAAAUAUGGUGAAGAUACUGAGUAAGAUUUAUUAAUCAUAUAAAUUUAGACUUGAACCAAAGAAAUUAGUGAAGGCUACUAAAGAUUUAAUUAAGAAAAGAUUAUAAUUAAUUGAUUAAUUGAAAAAUGCUAAAACUUGUGCUUGGACAAGUGAGGAUAUAAAUAGUGCUUUUAUUAUUAUGAGAAGAAUGAAAUGGAAAUUAGAUGAAUUAAAAGAAAAAAGAAACAAUGAAGUUCAUGUUUUAAGAGAAAUUUCAAGUGGUGCACAUAGUAGUGACAAUGAUGAUUCUCCAGAUCAAACUUAGAGACCUAGUUAAUUUAACACAUAAGGAAUUACUUCUGGUCAUUAAAUGCAUUUAGAUGAUUGA